AAAAAGAUGUACCAAAUUUCAAGGAUAACUUUGUUUUUGAGCCAGAUACAUUUGACAACUACCACAAGAAAGCAAAAUAAUACCGACUAGCAAUAGUCUUCACAGCCACCUCUCUCGAAUAUAAUCAGAGUAGGAAAGAUCAACAGGAAGUGUGGUUCAGUAGCUCAAUAGUCCUAUUCUACUAGCUACUUGGCUUAUCAUCUAAAUUUGAACAAUCAAAAAUAAAAAUCUGUGACUAUUGUGGCUGGAAUCAAUGGAGCAGAUACAGCACAAACAUGUACAAGUUGGAAAUCUAAAGCUUCACGUAGCCGAGAUCGGAACAGGUGAGAAAGUAGUGCUAUUCCUGCAUGGUUUUCCAGAAAUCUGGUACUCAUGGAGGCACCAAAUGGUGGCUGUUGCGAAAGCCGGAUAUACUGCUAUUGCUAUCGAUUAUAGGGGUUACGGUCUCUCUGAUCAGCCACCUGAGCCUGAGAAGACAACACUGACCGACUUUGCUGAGGAUGUAAUUGGCUUACUUAAUUGCUUGGAUAUUGACAAGGUUUUCCUAGUGGGGAAGGACUUUGGAUCUUUCAUAGUGAGUUUAGUAGCAGUACUCCAUCCUGAACGAGUAUCUGGUUUCAUAACCUUAGGAGUUCCUUUCAUACUACCUGGUCCUGAUACUACCAAACCAUAUGAAGUUUUCCAAGGAUUCUACAUAGUACGUUGGAAGGAGCCAGGCAGAGCAGAGGCAGAUUUUGGUCGGUUUGAUGUUAGGACUGUGAUAAAAAAUGUGUACAUACUAUUUUCAGGAAGCGAGCUUCCAAUAGCCAGCGAUGAUCAGGAAAUAAUGGAUCUAGUUGCUCCAAACACUCCGAUACCCCCGUGGCUGUCUGAACAAGACCUCUCCACCUAUGCAAGUUUGUAUGAGAAAUCUGGAUUUCGUACAGCACUGCAAGUUCCAUACAGGAGCAUGAAUCAAACUAUUGAUGUUCAAGAUCCACUAGUUGAAGCUCCAGCAUUGUUUAUUAUGGGUGAAAAGGAUUAUGUUAUAAAAUUUCCAGGCAUGGAAGAAACGAUAAGGAGUGGAGCAAUCAAGAAAAUGGUGCCUAACCUGGAGACUGUCUUCAUGCCUGAAGGAAACCAUUUCGUUCAAGAACAGUUGCCCGAGGAGGUUAAUCAACUCAUCAUAUCCUUCCUCAACAAGCACACUGUUCAGUAGAAUAUCAUGAUGCUGUGCUAAGUAACAGAUACAAUGAUUCUUCUUUUCAUAACAAUCAUGUUGAGUUAAAGUAGUUAGUUACCUUGAAGGACUUGAUCAGAUGACAAGGCUUCAGUUAAGUUGUGUGAUCUGAUCUGUGAAAGCUUCUUUGGAAAUAAAGGCUUAUAUACUAUGUUUUAAACUUAUA